AUGCCAGUAGCAGCUGACGCCAUCUUUGAGGAGGCGUGGAUCAGCACCGAAAAGUGCAAAGUCGAUCCCCUCGUUGUGCAGGGUAUGGAGCAGGAUGCGGUCAGCCAGACUUGGUUCACCUCCCGGCCUCUCUCCCGUAAAUUUGUAUCACGCGUAGCUGAGAUUCAACUAUGCACCGACUCGCACGAUCAGGGUGCCGUUGCCUUAGCCGUUGCUGGGGAUUCACCGACUGACGGUCUGGAUGCCCUCAAGGGAAGCCAAACGUGGUUCGACAUUGCCAUUCUUCCCAGCGCAGAUUCCACGGAAAUCAAGCGAAGCAAGAGCGGCAGAGAGAUGGUCUGGACUUCUCACUUCAAUCAGAUCUCACCCGAUCACAGCCUGAACGUUCCUGUUCGCCACUUUGGAACCGUGUUCGACCGUAGAGCGGACCUGCUUGCUUGUCUCGCCGAAGGAGAUGUUCUUGCCAUUAGGGUGUGCGCACGUAGACGUGGUUCCAUCAACACUGCCACGAGAGCCUUUGUCACUGCACGUCUGCUCAGCGAAGGUGAGUGCUGUGCGAGGGCGCGGCGCCGUGCCGUGACAGCCGAAUUACCUUCAACCACUGACCACGUCGCCCUCAACCUUCCGUAGACCUCUUCACGCCUCAAAAUUGGACACUCACCAAUAGCACAAUCCCCAAGCACGAGGCAGAGAUCAAGGACGGAGUGUACACUUUUUCAGCCACCACUUCCUGCUUAGUGCGCGCUGAAGAUUCCAAGGUUCGGUCGAGCAUCUGGAUGACCAGUCCAGCUCUGGACCGUGCAGCCAUCGAUCAACUGGAGAGCGUCCAGCUCUUCACGCGCUCUCGAUUUCAACGUCUACCUGAAGAAGGCGUAUUGCCAGCCAUCGAGGCCAAGGACAGCUUCAGCUGGUUCGACAUUGUCAUCCUCGACUCUCCAAGCGCCACGACUCCGCGCAUUGUUAAUGGCGUCACGCUCUGCUGGCUCUCUCAUCAGAAUGUUACAAACGACUUUUCACGAACUGGUCAGGCCGGUCAACUUUUCGACAUUGAUGAGCAGGAAGACGUUCGAUGCGCGGAGAUCCAAAAUAUCAAGUCGGCUCUGAGAGAGGGAAAUGUGCUAGCAGUGCGGGUGUGCGCUCAGUACAAGGGGUGGGAAAAUUACGCCAAGGAUGGCAAACUCGUCGUGCGCAUCUCCAAUGAGAGUGAGUGACAUGCGAGGUGCAUAGCUCAGUCUUGUGCGCACGAGCCACUUCUUAAGCUGCGAGUAUUCUAUCUGGCAGGCAAGGCCGCGCCAGCAAUCCCCAUUCCAGACUAUACCCAGGCCACAGAGACGACCAAAGUGCUUCAGCAAACGGUCAGAAAAUUCUAUAACGCAGUCGAAGCACAGAGCGAUGUUGUGAUUCAAUCGCAAACUACCGGCGCUCUUUCCAACGAGAUUCGUGCAGACCAAGUCUUGACCAACCCAUCACCUUCAGCUCCUCCUCCCUCUUAUAGCGCUUCGCUUCGACCUCUGCGCGUCUUGUCUUUGGGUGAGGAAACAGUUCGGAGGAUCGCUCGCAGAGCGUGGACUCAUCCUUGUUGCUGACGCGGUCUUGUCCCCGCCUUUGGUAAUGCUGUCAGAUGGCGGUGGAGUCCGCGGUGUGUCGGAACUGCGCAGCUUGAAGCAGAUCAUGGACAGAGUCUCGGCUAGAGAGGGUCGCAAGCCCGACAACCCUAUUCACCCCCACCAAUGGUUCGACAUGAUCGCAGGCACGAGUACAGGAGGGUGAGUAUGCCACGUAUGCCGCGGUAUCUCGGCACUAGUGAUCGGAAUCAUGGCGCUGAAUCGAUGUCCUACCCACUUCUCCCCGCAUCACGCUGGAAUAGGCUUAUCGCUAUGAUGCUAGGUCGUCUCAAGCUGAGCAUCGCACAGUGUGAAGCGGCCUACGACAAGAUCUCCAAGCAGGUGUUCCAAUAUAAGGCGGGAUGGAUCAAAUACAACGAAGGUGUAGCUUUCGCAAUGGGAAGUUAUAUGUACGAUGCCGACAAGCUGGCGGAUGCCGUUCGAGAAAUUGCGGGAGAGUUUGGGAUUGAGAAAGAUAGAGAGAUGAAACUUCGGGAUGAGAAUAAUACUACCGACACGGAGGAGUGUAAAGUGUGAGUUCAUCUUGCGCUUUGGUACGACGUGAACGCUGGGCCUGGACAGCAUUGCGUCGUAACGAGGCAAUGAGUAGGCACGGCAACGCAGACCCACCAUGCACAACACAUUGCUCACCUUUUCCGACGCAAUGUCGCGCCACGCCACAGCGUUGUCUUGACCUGCAGAGCCAAUCCGACGGAUGACGGAAAGAUGGGUGUGCAUCUGCGUAGUUACGUCUCUCACCCUAACGUUCCAGACCUGUACAAGGACUUUACGCUCUGGCAAGCCGCACGAGCUACCUCUGCAGCUCCCGUCUACUUUGAACGACUCAAGGUGGGCGACGAUGAGUUCAUCGAUGGAGGCAUGGGUUUCAACAACCCGGUGCUUGAGUGAGUGGAGAAGACGUGCAUCAGAGGAACAUUGAGGGGUAGUCAGACAGAAUGGAGGAUAUUGCUAACCCGUGCGUUGUACUGCGCUCUCCAUCGCUUCUUACAGGUUGUUCACGGAGAUGAAUCACGUGUACGGACCAGCUCGACCUAUCGAGGCGGUAAUCAGUUUGGGAACAGGUGUGCCUAAGGAUCUGCGAUUCUCGAAGACAGGAGUAAGCACGACGAUCAAGGAAGUAAUUGGGAUGUUGACGAAUUCGGAAACAGCGCACAAAGCAGCAGAAGACAUUGUUCCGCGCUUUGCGCUUCUCGGAAAGGAGAAGUAUUGGCGCUUCAACCUGAGCAAAGCGCUUUCUGAUGGCGAUGUGGUAGGAAACGGCCAAAAGUACGAGGAACUCAUGACGCUUAUGGAUGAUUGGAGCGCUAUCCCGCUCAUUCGACAACUCACAGACAAGUGGCUCGCUCAUCCCGAGACCGUUCAAAUGCUCGAGAGAUGCGUCGCGAGUUUUAGUGACGGCGAGAAGACAGACCUAGUACCACCCUCUGUAGCACUGGCCAAAAGUCACCACUGA